AUGAAUCUCAGUGCAUCACCCAUCUCCUCCUUUUAUGUUGGGGACCUUCACCAGCAUAAACUCUUUGAUGUCACCGAGGCUCAGCUCCAUGAGUUGUUCAGUUCGUUCGGCCCAUUAUACUCGAUUCGUAUCUGUAGGGACAUCAUCACCUGCCGAUUGCUGGCAUAUGUUAAUGUCAACAACUAUCAGCCAGCCGAUUCUGAGCGAGCCCCGAUCAAGUUGAACUAUGAGAUGUUUGAAGGAAGACCUCUGCUUAUCAUGUCGUCUCAGCCUAACCCCUCCCUAAGGAAGUGGGGUGGACAAUGA